AUGAGGAUCCAGACCCCUGCUAUUGCAGCAGCAGUGAUUAGUGUUCUGCUGCCUACCUCAUUGGACGCGUUUGACUUUGUGGGUUCUGAAGACCUCAGUGGUAUCCCAGUGACGGAGGAAGCACGGUAUCGAUGUUCCUUUCGUAACCUAUGGACUGCGGAGAGUCACCCCACACUGUAUCCCGUCGACUCGGCAGCUUGGGCCGACCAGCACUUUGUCACGCAUUCGAAUCGGUACAAGCCGUGGACCCCGGGCAGUCCUGCAUCGGAUGCAUUUGCCUCGUUGGCAUCGACGGGAGACCCUCUGCUGUGGACCAUCGAAGCGUUGAGUCAAAAUGAGGCCGUGAUGGAUAUUGAAGUCGGUGGGGUCUUUGCACCCAAUGGCGGUCCCCCCGAAAAGGUGAUUGGAGUGAUCCGAAUCACACCCAGCGCUCCGUUUCUCACUACCAUGGCAGUCAUGACACCCAGUCCAGAUUGGUUCACGGGGGUUUCCCAACUAGACUUGCGACAGAAUACGGGAGACCCUUUGGUACCUCAAAUGUGGUAUCGAGAAGUUGAAAUUGAUACUUAUCCGUACACUGCUGGAACCUUGUCUGGAACAACCUACAUUGAAGCAGGGGAUGUACUGGACCCCGUCGAACCAAUUCGCCAAAUGACAGCCGAUACCCCACCGGCAUCCUCCAGUGGGGUCCUGCUAGAUUCGACGGGGACGGUCAUCCCUCCUGUCGCGAGAUGGACCUGUACGAUUUUGGCUGCUGUACCCAUUACUCCUCCAGGAAACAGCGAUGGUCCGCCAGGAAACAGUGAUGGCGCCCCAGGAAACAGUGAUGGUGAUGACGGUGACGCUAUUGCUCCACCAUUUGAUGAUGGUUCCGUCAUUUUAUCGGGUAUGGAAUCCAUAGAGCCUACAAUGGGUGGCACAGUGGACGGAACCGUCAUGGAGACUUACGUGAUGGCAACAAACGCUCCUACAUCCGAGGUCACCACCUCUCCUCCCUCCGCUACAAAGAGUGUACAAUCCUCAUGGCCUCGCGAACCCAACCCGGUCUGA